AUGGCCAAUACUCAGAAUCGGGAUGUCAAAGAAUGGAUCAUCGCCAACGCAGCCUCAGACCACAUGACUCCGGACGCUUCAUGCCUCAUCGACCCCGUUCCUUCCAGCCAAGUAUUUAACGCCAUCAUCGGCCAAGUUACUGCGACUGCAACCGGCUCCGUCGAUCUCCUAGUCGAAACGUCCACCGGACGUCAGUCUCUUCGCCUCUCCAACGUCUUCCUCGUUCCAAGACUUCCUCGCGGUUUGGUCUCGCUAUCGAAGCUGGGAUUCGAGUACAACUCCUCAAGCGAAGGCCACACCCUUCACACGCGGGACCAGAACGGCAACAUCACCACGGAGAUCAAUUUGAAUCUCAGGGAUGGGCUUCCAUACUUCCCGAUUGUGCCAAGGAUGGGAUUUGACUCACAGCCAGGUGCGAGCUCGACUUCUGAUGGAGAAGGGGGAGAUUCUCGUCCACCCGCAGGUUCUCAAGAGGCUCGAGAGCGUCAGAUGCCGAUGGUAGUGACCAGCUCGUACUACGUCAGGGCAAACUCAGGUUGA